UCGUCCCCAUCGAUCUCUUCUCUUGCGGCAACCAAACUCUCUCUAUAUAUAAUAUACGCCAUCAUAUGCUCCCAUUUCGUCUUUCCUUUUAAAACGUUUUGACUCUUGAGAUCAUAAACAACAAGAAGCAGCCGCAAACUCCUCUAAGACUAUAUAUACAUAUAAUUUAUAAAACAACACCUUCCGUCGAUCUGCGAGUUUCCUUCUACUCAUCCCAUCCGCUUUUAUUGUCAUCAUGUCUAAGAUGAAGAAAAUUUUGCGCACCAAGUUGAGAUCUGCGUUUUCCAAGGCAGGGUGCAGAUCAUCCGGAGGGAAAGGAGACCGUGUCGGAGGCAAUAGCUUCUCUAACAAGCUAAGCGUGAACGAAGAAUACUUGCAAGCUUUCAGAACAAAGUCGUACGUAGAAAUGUGGGAUAGAGUUCAUGGACAGCUUCCAAGCACUGCUACUUCUUCUUCCUCGUCUCUUCCUCCUAAUUCGUACAUGGAUCGCUCAGAAUAUUUGCUUGAACCGCGGCAGGAUAUUUUAAAGGACAUAAUUAGUGAGGAGGGCUUAAAUCUCCAUCAUUUUCUCGCUGACUACUUUGAAGCGAGCUUAGACGCCUGCCAUAUCUGCGACUUGCUCCUCCGCUCCCUCCAUCAAACACGUUCCGAGUACAGAAAAAUCAAGAAGCUCAUCCUAAAACUAAGCCAAAGGGGACUUCUACUUGAACAAGCACAAACACAUAAUCAUGCUAACGAUACUAAUAAUAACAACGAAGAUGAUGAUGAACAACGGGAAGCUAUUUUUGGAGAUCUUACCACAUUUGCCGUUGUCAAGAAGAAUCCCUUGUCAAUUAUCAGCCCCGUGCAGUUCCGUGAUAUUCAUGAUAGCCACUUGGCGUUGUUCAAUAGGUUAACUUUAAAACACAAAAAGGUUCAACGGACCGCAAAGCGUAACAGAAUUUGCAAGAAAGUUGGAGGGGUUGGUCUGGUGGUGUCACACAGUGCACUUUUGAUUGCCUUGCUUGUGCUUGCAAUCCACAGCAUGAUUGGGAUUGUGGUGGCGCCAGCACUGAUGGCUUGCUCGUUGGGUAUGUGCGCCAAGAAAAUGGAGUCGGCGCAGGAUUGGUUGGAAGCAAGAUUUCCAGAUAGCCAUUCAGAGCAACUCGAUGUGGCGGCAAAAGGGAUUUAUAUUUUGAUCAACGAUUUUGACACCAUGAGUCGGAUGGUGAGGAGGUUACAUGACGAGGUGGAGCACCGCAAAGCUAUUGCGGUUAUGUGUGUCACUGCUGCCAGGAAUGUGAAAAAUGUCAACGGGUCUUCGGGGAACUGUGAAAUAUUCAAGGAGGUUGUGAGGGAAUUUCAUGCCACUGAGUCUGGGUUUGUGGACCAAUUAGAGGAGCUUGAAGAACACAUCUACUUGUGCUUGCUCACCAUUAACAGAUCCAGAAGGCUUGUCCUUGAAGAAAUAGUGGCCACUACCUAAUCAAAUAUUAUAAUGAGCACAAUGACGUCGUAUCGAUCAUCAUAUGCUUGUGAUUGUGAACUAGUCAAAGAUGUUACGCAAAUCAAUGAUACAUAUUCCAUAGAACUAUAUAUAUACAAAAGAGCUAGCUAGCAAUUGCUUCAUCAA